CCCCCCCCACCGGCGGGAGAGGAAGUGCCGGGUGUCCCGCGUGGUGAGGGGCGAGCGAGAGAAGUUCCCCGAAAUAUGAAGAAUUCUGAGCAAACAGCAAGGAAAAGGAACAAAGCUGAAGAUCCUAAUUGCGGCCAGGUUAUUAUAAUUGAAAGCCCCAAAAGACACUGUUCAGGUUUAGGCAAAAAAGCCAAGCCCCCAAAAUUAAAAUAUUUGGUAAAAGAAACCAAUUCAGAUCUGCCAGAUCCAAAGAAGAAACAGAGUGACUCUGAAUCAAAGAAGGAAGCACGGGCAAGCUCUCCCGUGGUUAUAGAAAGCAGCUCAGAUUUAGAAUUAAGAGACACCAAGAAAAGAAAUAAGGCGUUCAAAAAAAAGAAAGACCGAAAGCUUUUUUGUAUACAAAUCCAAAACUCCGAUGGUUUGGAUGAAGGGCAGCCUGGUACUGAUUUUCAUGUGAGUAAGAAAGGCGAAAAGGCUGUUCUUGAAGUUGGCAGGCAAGAUGAAGAAUCGGUGAUGAAAAGGAAAAAGAAGAAAAAGGAAAAACGAAAAGACAAACCUGCUUGCCUUGAGCUUUUACCCAGUGGUGACAGUGAAGAGGACGUGAAGCAGAUCUCUGCAGAACUAAAACCCAGUUGCCAAGAAAUGCCCUCCGGUCAGAAAAAGAGUAGGACCCUUGAGCAGAAAGUUGUGGGUGACAAAGUCGAGAAGAAAUACUUUGAGUACUACAAAAAAUACCUUGAGAACAUUUCAAAAAAAGACAUUGCCAGCUGCAAGUGCGAAGAUGCCCAAAGUAAGGAUGGACCUAUGCAACGACGGAACGAUUUGGCCCCUAGAUCAGAAGAAGACAGUGAAGCCAUCCAUAAGAAGAAAAAGAACAAGAAGAAGCUGAAUAAAAUAAGUCCUGCUUCUCUUUCCUGCUUAGCCAAGAUCCAGGAAAACCACUGCAAUAUGAUGAGUGAAUAUAGUCUAAAAUGCAGAUCUGAGAAAGAUGCAGCGGUUGGCAAGGCUAAUAAAGCUGCAAAGAAGAAGGCAAAAAGACAAGCCGGAGAUGCAAGCCGUUUUUCAGAAGCUGGCCAAGACAUCUCAUGGAAGGUGGGAGCACCAGGAGGAAAGGGAAAGAGAAAGAAAGCCAAGAAACACAAAGUGAAACGAGAUGACCCGGAUGGAUUUGAGGGCAGCCAAGUACAGCAGGUCAAGAAAAAGAAGAAAAAGAAGGAAACUGAAAACUCUUGGGAUGGAAGGAAGAAAGCAAAGAUGAAACCGGAAACUAAGGUAUACUUGGAGAGGGCUGGUAGUUUUUUUUUUUUUUUAAUUUAUGGGCUAGAUCUGAACGAAAUUGGCACCUUGGUAAUUUCAGUGGGACUAAACUAAAGCAGGACUUAAAAUAGUAGUUAAUAGUACAGCUAGUCCUCCACUUACAAACCAUUCAUUUCAUGUC